AUGGCCUGCAACAGCACAGAUCUGACGUCUCUCCAUAUAGGUGACGACACCGUCGAGCGUACGGACAACUUCAGGUACCUCGGAUCUGUGCUUGAUGCGUCCGGGAACAUCGAUCGCAACAUCAAGGCCCGUAUAUCAGCGGCCUGGGCGAAAUGGCGCGAGGUGACGGGUGUCAUUUGUGACCCCAAAAUGCCGGUCAAGCUGAAGGGACAGGCAACCAAAACAUGA